UCAAGAAGAGUUGCACCAACUCUCUUAGUCGUUCUUCAGCACCCAAUCUGAAAUCUUCGAGAAAUGUUGAUCUACCUGGGUAUUUUAAUUUGUGUUACAGUGUCUAAUGGAAAUCCGCACAAUGGAAGACGUAACGAAUAUGAAUCUACCAAAGUGCUCUACGACCAAAAACAAGAAGGUGGUUGGAACGUACAUGCAAAUCUGAAAAACUUUUUAUUCGUCAUCAUCCCAGCCGUGAAGUCGACUCCAACGAAUUCGUCAGGAUUAUCUCCUUCUGCUCUCGAACAGGGCCUAUUAUAUUUGUUGUCUAAAUCAGCGAAUCCACGAAAACAUCAUCAUCAACAAUCAACGGAAGAAAAUUCUGAAGAGGAAACAUCUUCUACCGAUGGAACUAAACAUUUCAUCGAAUCAAAAAGUGCCCCAUACCAGGUAGACAUCUCAAAAACUCCGGGUGGCCUACUCUCCAAAUUAUACCCCAAAAACACAGAAGAUGAUGGAGUUCUAGUAGCUAAAUCCCCAACUAUUUCUCUAUUGAAAGAUCCUGUCAGUGGAAGGGUAGCUAAAGCUCUAGUCAUAUCUGUACCCAGUGAAGACAUUGUAAUCAGCAAAUCAAAAAGGUUUAAGAAGAAAGGAAGGGAGAAUCAGUCGAAAAAUCAAAACAUCAGUUGCCAACCCGGACAAGUCAGAGAUUCUUAUGGAAAUUGUAAAUUUUUCAAAUAUUGAAAAUAUUAUUUAGUUAUGAUAAUGUAUUAUUUAUUUCAAUAAAUUAUUUGUGCCA